CACGAUGGCUCGUUCCACGUUCGACAAUAUUCGUUCGUUCGAGCUGUAAGCUCUAUCGACAUUUAAUUAUCAAUGUUACCGAAUAUUCCGCAAUUGUGUCGCGAUCGGUUUUCGUUUCGCAAAAUUUGUACCUUUCUCACGCGUUACAGCAUCGAAUCGUAAAAUAUAAAUUACGAAGUGGAAAGACAAUGAUGAAUGGGAAAUAAUUGUAAUCCUUUUGUGCGAUUGGAAUCGCAGAAGAAUAAAUUAUGAGCUAGAAUUGUAAUUUUUCGUAGCAACGAGUCGUAAAGCGUGAGUUAUGAACUGGAAGAUAUAUCUAUUCGAAGAGAACUAUCAUUUUUUUGUAAUUUUAGAUCGCAAGGUAUAAAUUAUCAAAAUGGGACAGUUGCGAGUAGAUUGCAGCGAUUGUUUUAGGCUGCUUCAAAGAUUAAGAGAGUACGAAAACAGAACAUUCAUAAGUGAAAAAUGCUGAAUGAGGCUCAUGGAACCCUUGGGUGUUGCCCCGGAUAUGGUGGAGACGGGCGCAUUGAAAAAAUGGUCCGACUUCCCUGUCCAGCACCGGUUCACCGAUUACUCCAGUUCCAUUGGAGAACCUACGCAUCAUACUAUCAGUCCUUUUCCGUGUCAACCAGCGCUUAACAACAAACUUGCGCUAUGGGCUGGAGAUAUUUCUGUUUUACAAGUAGAUGCAGUGGUGAAUUCUACCAAUGAAACAAUGGAUGAUAAUAGUCCUAUGUGCCAAAGAAUAUUUGCUCGGGCUGGUUCGGCGCUUAAGAUGGAAAUAUUUAAUGAAAUCAAAGAGUGCAAAACAGGUGAAGUAAGAGUAACACAAGCCCAUGGGUUACCUGCACGUUUUAUUAUUCAUACCGUUGGACCAGUGUACAACGUGAAGUACCAAACAGCAGCUCAAAAUACGUUGCACUGCUGCUAUAGAAAUGUUUUACAAAAGGCACGAGAGCUUGGUUUACGCACGAUUGCGCUACCGGUAAUUAAUACUGUGCGAAGAAAUUAUCCUCCUGAUGCUGGAGCGCAUAUUGCACUUAGAACAAUAAGGAGAUUUUUGGAGCAAUAUGGUGAUUCUAUUACGUGUAUUGUAUUUGUGUUGGAACCAUGCGAUCUUGGAAUAUACGAAGUUCUUCUUCCUCUUUAUUUCCCAAGAAAUUUAGCAGAGCAAGAUAAUGCGUGUUGGCAGUUACCAAACGAUAUAGGUGGGAUGGAUGGUGAACCAUUACUUCCUGAUCGACAAAUUAGAAUCAUCGACAAUCCUCAACAUGCUUUACAUGGCGAUGAAAGUAUAGAACUAUCUGCGCAAUUAGAAACAUCCGUUAAUAUUGGUGAACACGCGUUUGCACAAAUGCAGGGUGAUUUAGAUAGACAAAGACUCCUCGGGGAAAGGCCACCGGCUGAUCCACUUGCGGAUAUCAUGCUGAAGCAAAUGCAACAGAAAGAAAGAUACGAGAGGCUCCUCAGGAGAGCGAAAACGGAGGAUCUGUCGGAAGUUUCAGGAAUUGGCUGCCUCUAUCAAAGUGGUGUCGAUCGUCAGGGUCGACCGGUCGUCGUGUUCGUCGGCAAAUGGUUCCCCGCCACUAAAGUCAAUCUAGACAAGGCACUUCUGUACCUGAUACAGCUGUUGGAUCCAAUUGUUAAAGGCGAUUAUGUUAUCGCUUAUUUCCACACAUUAACAACUAGCAACAACUAUCCCAGUUUACAUUGGUUGCGCGAAGUGUACAACGUGCUUCCUUACAAGUAUAAGAAGAACCUGAAACACUUCUACAUUAUCCACCCGACUUUCUGGACUAAGAUGGUGACGUGGUGGUUCACGACGUUCAUGGCUCCAGCCAUCAAACAGAAGGUUCACAAUCUACCUGGAGUAGAGUAUCUUUAUGACGUGAUGUCUCCCGAGCAAUUGGAGAUUCCUGCGUAUAUCACGGAAUACGACAUGACGAUAAACGGCAUGAGGUACUACCAGCCAGAUCCAAUCUCGUCGUCACCCUCGACGUCCACGUAACUCUCCGACCCGGCCUCCCAGCCAGCGAAGCACUGGACAGAACGAAGCUGUCGGAUCGACCGUUCCGCUCGAUAGUAUGGUGUCCGUAAUGACACACGCGUGUUCCCUCGUGUACCGACCACCGUAUAUCGCUUCCGCCAGUUCGGCACGAUCACGUUCUAAGGAAAUCUGCCAAAGGAGGCGAGUUGCUGAUCGAUCAAAGACAGUCGGUUCCUCAAAAGCGGCAAAAGUGCCUAGCGAUGGACGGGAAACGUCGAAGACCUUGGAAGAUGAAGAAUGGUCGGUGCUUCGCGCGACAGUUAUUUCCCGAUUGGUCGCUGAAGAAUCAAGAAACCACUGCCCAUCUGUCUGUUUCUCGUUACGAGUCGCAUGCUCUUUGCUAGAAGAAAAGAGAUUUCUUCCGGCUCUUUAGAUUUCCUGUGAAGAACGUUUGGCCGUACAUUGACCGAUGCUGGACUAUAUCGAAAAAAAUAACACUCGAGAAACACCAAGAAAUCAAUGAAAUCGAAGAUCGAGGGAGUAGGAGAAUCAGGAAAUUGCAAUUCGCGUGCUGCGCGGAUAUCGGCUGCCAAAACACCAAUAAUCAGUAUUCUCGUCGUCGUUGUUACGAUGGAACGUGGGAUCUUGUUGUUCUUAUAUAUAGGUAGCUAUUGUACGGUUUUAGAAUCAGAAAAGGAGCGUUGUUGGUGGAUAUAUGAGGAAAAGGGCGUCGACGACGAACCGUAGAAUUAAAUGACGGCUUAAUAUAAAAACUGUCGAUCGCUUUUUUGUUAUUUUCUUAUCCGUCGUUGUACAGCAAAAAGUGUCUAUUCGAUUAUUGUACAUCGUAUUUUAUUAUGUCACGUCGUUGGUGAAUGAUUCGCGGGCCGCUGGCACGCGGUAUUUUCGAUAUAUGUAGAAAAAGAAAAUUAUGAAGAGAAUGAUAUAUAAUGUUGCAACUUCUCGGCUGACAGGAUGUAAAGAACGACAGGUUCCUCCCGUGGCGCUACGGCUUCGGUUCUUUAGCGUGGAUCGUUUAAACCAACGUGUGGGACUGAUUAACGUUAAGUGCUCGUUCAGUACGAACUUCGGGUUUGUCCACGAUGGGUCAAUUUAGUGUCGUCUUAAGAUCGUUCAUUUCCAUAUUGUAAUCUUGUAAUGAAAUGAAACGAACCCCAAUGACGCCUAAUCGAUUCAUAUUCGACGUGAAUGAGAAUGCCAAAAAAAUUCAAUGGCUGAGCACCGAGGUCGUACUCGCGGUUCAAUUCUAGAUUAGAUGAAGCAAUAAACUUUAAAAGCUUUCUCGCGACCUAUAUACAUAUGUAUAGCGUGUUCAGUUCAAAUAUAAAUACACUAUUUUACAUCUAAUUAUUAAAAUCUAUAAACAAAUUUUUCAUAUGAAAGUUGAUUUGACGGGAGAAAUAUAAUUUGAAACUUGAAUCAUCUUCCGAAUUUUUCAAAUUUUAUUCAGUGUUCUACGUUAAAUCGAAUAACUUUCAUCUAAAAAAUUUGUUCACAUUUUUUAACAGUUGAAAAAUUAAUAGCAUAUAUAUAUAUAUAUAUAUAAAUCGGAUGUACUUUAUACACAUAUGUAUAUAUUUCGUGAGACAGGAUCGUUAUACUCGUUGUUAAGCAUUUUUAGAAGCUCGAAGUGGCGAAACAAAAUGUUGACGAUAUCGCGUUCGUAGAUCACGUCGAUUAGCCCAUUUUUCUCGCGCCGUUUCACUCUCCUAAGAGUUUAGUCGAAUCAGAAUCAUUCAUCAACCCCCUAAAAUAAAAAAGAACAAUUAUUGGCUCGUAGUGAAUGAACGAACUAAGAAUAAUGGGUUAUAAUUGACCGUACCUCCGAGUCAGAGAUGUGUGUAUAUGUUCUAAUUUUAUUAUUAUUAACUCCAAAUAUAGUUCAAGGAUGCUUGAUCGUUGAGAUAUCUUUUUAUUACUUUUUAUUGUGUUGGUGAUGUUCGUUGACGUUAGAAUAGCGUUAGAAUAGAGUUUCAUUGAAACAAACGUGGAAUGAGAGUAUCCAUUCAUCCCAAUAAAAGAUCAGUUUACUUGCUCGUUAUUCUGCGACGAAAAUGGUGUUUUCAAAAACUCAUUUCACAUUAUCCAAGCUUUUUAUUUCAAUAUUAUCGAACAAGAGACACGUACUUGAAUUUUUUUCUAUUUCUUUACAUUAUUUUAUUACAUUACAAGCAUAUCACGAUUCAUUUGCGUUGAUAAAAAUAUUUUGAUAGGUUUGCAUAUAUGAAUUUCCUGUACAGUAUGCACAACAUGCUAUUGACGUAACUUCUCUGAACGUCUUAAUACUCUUCUAUAAAUAAUUUCGCUUCAAGGAACCGUAUCAUGUAAUCAGCUCUUUCUAAAAUCUUCCACGAACAUUCUGCAAGGAUUUAACUGCUUUGUAGCUCUUUUAUGAUUAAUUUAAAUACUUCAUAAGCCUUCAUCCACCUUCUUUUUUUUUAUCUAUAAAACAUGAGAUAUUUGUUACGGUCAUUAAAGAGUCCAUAUCUUAUCUUCUCGAAAAAUAAUUCCUGAAGUUUCCACAAUAAUUUCUACGAUUUACGUACAUUUUCAUGAUAUUCGGUUCGUGUCUCUGUUCCGAGCUUUUUCGGUUUAAAAAUUACGUACACGGGACACGAGUGGACUUAAACGUGACGUGAAAUCUUAAGUCAUUCGUUUGGUCGAUCGACCGUGUCACGUGACGAUUCUUUUCGACGAUUUACGUUGAACGACCUCACUGUCCGUCCCUGACAAUCGUUUAUAGUAAGUAGCCAAGCGUCGCGCAACGUGUCGUCCAAACAUCCUCGUUGCCAUUUGUUGUUUUUGAAAAAGAGAGAUACUUAUCGAUUGUUGAGUACGGUUUGGACGAUCAGACGUUGCUCUUGUUACGGCCAUGUAAACAUGUUGAAGCAGAGAAUUGAUUCGUACGUUGAUGUCGUAGAUAAGGCGAAGAUUCGUGACAAUAUGCAAUUACUGCGUGCUUAGCGGAGGCUGAGAUUCUAUCCGAAGCUCUUUAAAGUCCUAAUCUAGUCAAAUAUCGAGGUCAAGUACGAUUAGAGACUAAACCAAUGGAAAUAUUGAAACAUAUUAACUUUACACCUUGGUGCACACUUAAUUCAGUAAUUUAAGUGGAUUUUAAUACCAAAGAUAAUUUGCAAACGAUGUGCGUAAACUACCGUAGUGAACAUUUAAAUUUUCUACCUAGGAUGGAUGCUAAAAAAACGAUAAUCGGAAAUGACCUUGAAAUCUCGAUCACGAUCGUCAAGAAUUUCUUUAAAAAAAUUUCUUGAAAAGAAAAGACGAGAAUACAAAUGAACAUUGAAUCAUAGAUUUUUGCUUCUCUGAUCGACUGUAAUAGGACUUUAAAAGAGACAUCCGAGCAUUAGGCUUUACGCUUAGAAGAUAAUCUACGGCUUGGAAAAAAGAAAAAAAGAAAAAAAUAAAGAAACUAAAUCGAAGCCGCUGUUCCCUCGCUUUUAGGGGCUGCGAAAUGGAAACGAUCAGACCGAACGAGAAGAGCUUGUAAAACUAUGUGUGGCCAUAGGCGUUUUCGAUCGGUGCUGCUGUACACCUUAGAAUUCCGAGAUUCACGUUUACUUUCCGAACUUUUCUGGUUAUGCACAACCACAAAGCAUUGUGAUCGAUGGCUCGAACACACUCGAUUGUGAGUCAUUAACCAAAUGAAGCUCAGAGUAAAUUAAAAAGAUAGUAACUGAUUGAUACCUGUCUAAAAAUACACGUUGAAAGUAUGAAAUGGAGAAUUUUUUCUAUAUAUGUAUAGGAACCUUCGUUAAAAAGGAAACUAAGGUUCUUGAUUAAAAAUCUGUUAUAAAAUUGUUAAAAAAGGAAAUGGGCUCACAAUGAUAUUUUCUUGAAAGAUUAACGCGAAUAAUAAAGAAAAAAAAUAAUCUUCAUGUUUUCGAUCUGGUUUUUUCACAGAAUCAAAAAGUCUACGAUAAGAUCGCCACGUGGAUCAUCGAGAUAACUUAGAAGAGAUAUUGUUCUAUCAAUCGUGCUGAAAUUCAUUGUUAACUGCGUUUCACUAAUCGCAAAUUUGAUUAAUUAAACGGUAAUUAUAAAAUUAAUCGUUGAACGCAGUCAGCGUUAUUAAAGGUGAAUUUUAUAUGAGGGAAAAUAUAUAUUAAGAUUGUCGAUCGUUUAACAGAUGUAUUCUUUCCUGAAAAAAAAAAAAAGAAGAAAAGAAGAUAAAUUAUAACGUCAAUCGAUUUACACGCAAUUUCAUGCGAAUUUCUACUUGGCUGUUGUUCUUCCUUUCGGAGAACGAAAUAUCGUCGACGAAGGAGAAUGAAAACACAAACUUUAUGUUUUUUAGGCGGAAGUUUUUUACAAGAAACGAAGAUCAACCCGGUAAGAAACAAGAUCGGAAGCUUCGGAAACUACACGUGCAUUAUUGUGUGUAUACAUCGUACGCAUUACGAUAUACCGGUUAAACUAAUUGUAAUUGUUGUCGCGAUGGUAAUAGAUUCUAAUUAAUCGAGGUAUAUUUUUCUCUCGGUGCCGAUGCACGGCCUGUAACAGGUGCACACCUUGCCCUUUCGUCUGUUUUUUUAUAGAUCGAGCAAUAAACGUAUUGUUUCAACAGAAGAA